UAUGGCGGAUAUUUCGACUUUCAUAAAAAGACAAAUUUUUCGAAGGAAUGAAACUUUUCUACUACUUCUUCUAUUUGUUGCGUUCAUAUUUGCAUUCUUCCUGUACCAGAAAGUCGGCUGUGAUAUGAAGGAUGACUCGCUUUCCCGAAAGGAAAUCAAAAGAAAUGAACAGGCAAUACCAGUGGAAUUAGAAUCGUUUCUAUUUAUUAUGAUUUUAACUGCUCCCAAUGGCAAAGAAAGACGAGAUGCUAUGCGGAAAACGUGGCUUUCUAAUAUAGAUACUCUUCAUUCAUCGGUAGUUCCAAGAUUUGUGAUUGGAAUCAGGGAAUUACCUCUAGAAGACAUGAAGAAUUUGGAAGAAGAAAACAAUCGACACCACGAUAUUAUAUUCCUUCCUGAGCUUAAAGAUGCGUACAAGGAACUACCCAGCAAAGUUUUGCAGGCACUCAAAUGGAUCGAUCAGCAUGCGAAUUUUUCAUAUCUUCUUAAGGUUGAUGAUGAUAGUUUUGUGCGGUUGAAUGUUAUCCUUAAUGAGCUCAAGAGCACCUAUUCCAUGGAAAGACUGUACUGGGGUUUCUUUCGUGGCGAUGCACAUGUCAAAUUUGCAGGUCCGUGGGCCGAAAAAAACUGGAAUCUCUGUGACAGAUACUUGCCUUAUGCACAAGGUGGUGGUUAUAUACUUUCUAGGGAUCUGGUUAAUUUUAUUGCUCGGAACUCAGAUCUCUUGCAAAAAUAUAACAGUGAGGAUGUAUCUGUAGGAUCAUGGCUGGCUCCUCUCCGAGUUAAUAGAGUCCAUGACUACAGAUUCGACACUGAAUAUCGUUCAAGAGGUUGCAAUAACCUUCACAUUGUUAGUCAUAAACAGUCUGUUUCUGAUAUGUACCAAAAACACCGCCAAUUAAAGGAUGGAAAGCUUUGUCUUCAAGAAUCUCAUCUCAUGAACUCGUUCAUUUAUGACUGGAGUGUGCCACCAACAAAAUGUUGCAAACGAAUUGGAGGUAUACCCUGAGACUGAUGUUUUUAAGGUGUAAGAGACACAAGAGAUGGUAAUGAUUAUUAUACAUGGCUGUCAUUAUCUCAUUCCUAACUAGCUACAAGCUUGCAGCCAACAAUCAUAAUUUUUUUCAUUAGCUCUCUUUACUGGCAAUAGCUUUAUAUUUUUUUUUGUUAAAGUAAGGUAAAAAUAACUAACACAUACAGGGCUCGACACCAAUGGUAGUCAACUAGCCUCAGAGAAGUAUAAAUUCAGUUUUAGCUAGUGAUGUUUUCUAUAUCCACCAGCUAGUUUGGCUAGUAAACAAAUUGAAAUUGUCAUAACAUUUAAUUUGUCAUGAGCCACUUGGCUAGUAGUUGAAAAGUUAGUGUCGAGCCUUGACAUAGUUUUUAAGCCAUCAUGAUAUAACAACUCUUGGAUUCAGUUUUGGCAGGAAUUAUCAAAGCGACAGGUUGUUUUGUUCUCGUCCUUGUUAGGUCUGAGUGUUGGCCCAAUUUUAUCAAGUUAUUUAUUUAUUAGCCUUUCAACUCCCCAAAUGUUCAUUAGUUUAAUUAUUUAUUUUUGUCAAAGUAACAUUAAAAUAACUAGGAAUAAUGAAUAGUUUUAAGGCCAUCAUAAUGUAAUAACUCUUGGAUUCAAUUUUGGCAAGAAUUGUCAAAGCCACAGGUUGUUUUAUUCUCAUCCUUGUUUGGUCUGAGUAUCAGGCCUAACCUUAUUGAGCUAAUUUUUUUUAUUAACUCCAAAACUCCCAUGAGUGGUUGAGACAGAAUUUCUCCCUUACAUUUUCAAUACAAAAUCAAGAAAACGAGUGAUGAGGUUAAGGAAAAAUUUCAGUUAGGGUCUUGUUAGGUAGGUAAGCCUACUUACGAGCCAUGUGGCCCAUCGGGUGGGCACUUAACUCCGGUUUCCGUAGCAUGAAGCAGCUAGGAGUAUUUCUAC